GCAUCAUUAGUGGAAGUCGGGCAUACUACGGGCUCCAGAAGAAACUGCGGUCGAAAAAGAUUCUCCCACGCACCAAAUGUACCAUGUACAAAACGCUAAUAAGAUCCUCUACGGACACGAGACAUGGACCAUGCUCGAGGAGGACCUGCUAGCACUCAGAGUUUUCGAGCGACACGUGCUAAGGAUGAUCUUCGGCGGUGUGCAGGAGAACGGUGUGUGGCGGAGAAGGAUGAACCACGAGCUCGUUGCACUUUACGGCGAACCCAGCAUCCAGAAGGUGGCCAAAGCCGGAAGGAUACGGUGGGCAGGGCAUGUUGCAAGAAUACCGGACAACAACCCUGCAAAGCUGGUGUUUGCAACUGAUCCGGUUGGCACAAGAAGGUGGCCAAAGCCGGAAGGAUACGGUGGGCAGGGCAUGUUGCAAGAAUGCCGGACAACAACCCUGCAAAGCUGGUGUUUGCAACUGAUCCGGUUGGCACAAGAAGGCGUGGAGCGCAGAGAGCACGAUGGGCGGACCAGGUGGAGCGUGACUUGGCGAGCAUCGGGCGCGACCGAGGAUGGAGAGCGGCAGCCACGAACCGUGUAUUAUGGAGAAAUAUUGUUGAUUCAGUUUUAUCUUGAAUUUGAUGUAAUACUAAAUAAAUGAAUGAA